AAUCACAUGACCUCCACGUCAUGGCACAAACUUAUCAACACCAACGUCGAGGGCUUCGUGCAACCCUCACCUAUCCCAUCUCCCCCCACUCGUCAUGACGACCCGACGGAAACCCGAACGCAGCCAAGACAGCUACAACGAAGCCCCCUUGAACUCGACCCCGAUGGAAAAAGACGACGCCGUCAGCCCGCACCGCACGUCGCUCGCGCGCCGCUCGCCCUUUCUACCCACCCGCCUGGAGCUGCUGCUGCUCCUCGUCUACCCGCUGACGCUCAUCUUGGGCUCCGUCUUCUCCAUCCUGUCGCCCACGACGCGAAACACGCCCUACAGCGCGACGCUCCAAUCGCAUCCGGUCGACGUGGCACCGUCAUAUUUCGCGCAAAAAAAGAACGUGUUCAACGUCUACUUCGUCAAGAAGGGAUGGGCAUGGACCACCGUGGCCCUCUUCCUCUUCGUCCUCACCCACCCGUCGCUCGGCCCGCCCAUGCGCCCGCUGCUCACGCCCCGCCGCGCACGCGCUACCCUGCGCUGGGCCGCCGUCACGGCCGUCUGGGUCGUCGUCACGCAAUGGUGCUUUGGGCCCCCGCUCAUCGACACCCUGUUCCGCUUCACGGGCGGGCAGUGCGAGCUCGUGCGCGACCCAGAAGCGCGCCAGGACCUCUCCGCUCCCCGCGAGUACGUCACCGCCGCGACGUGUAAGCUCGCCGGCGGCCAGUGGAAGGGCGGCCAUGACAUCAGCGGUCAUGUCUUCCUGCUCAUUCUCGGAUCUAUGCUCCUCUGGUUCGAGAUCCUCCCCGCCGUCUUGCGCUCCGAGGGUCUACGCGAUGGCCGUCGCGUCGUCAUGCCCGACGGAAAGGUCCGCACUGCCGCCGCAGAGGCCCAACGCGAGAGCCACGCCCCGACCCAAUACGUCUCCUCCGAUGAGGACCCUGGCCUCGGAGUCAAGGCUGCUAUCGCUGUCAUGGCCCUGAUUUACUGGUCUGCUCGUCGCUUUUGCCGCCAUCUGGUCCGUCUACUUUCUUCCGCGCGGUGUUCCUACAUUGAGGGCCGUUGUCGGAAUGCCCGGACGGCAUGCGCGGGAGUUGGGCUCUGGCAUGCGCGGGUAGUUGGGCUCCAUAGACAUGUACAAUAGGCCGCAUGGCGAGACGACUAGACGAAUGAAUGCCUUGUAUGAGAU